AUGGCCUGGAAAACAGUUAGCAGGAAGCGGAAAGCGGCGGUGGCUGCCGCCGGGGAGCUCCAAGAGGAGCAGUAUGGGUGGGAUCAUUCAGUUCACAAACGGAAAAGGCUCCCCCCCGUGAAAAGGUCUUUGGUUUGCUACCUGAAAGGGAGAGAGGUCAGGAUGCAGAAUGAGUCCAGUUACCAUCACCUGUUGCAUGGAUAUGCAGCUCAGCAGCUUCCCAGCCUCCUGAAAGAGAGGGAAUUUCAUCUUGGGACCCUGAAUAAAGUGUUUGCUUCCCAGUGGCUGAACCACCGACAAGUGGUUUGUGGGACAAAAUGCAACACAGUUUUUGCCAUUGUACGCUUUAGUUCUGAGUAA